AUGGCGGAAGUCUUCAGUUUGCCCAAUAUGUCAGACAGCAUCUUCAGCUUUAUCGCUGAACGAACGUGCACCUUGUUCUUUUACUUCUCAAGAGCCUCGGGCUAUGCGACGGAUCAACGACCGGAACUCCGAUCGUUUAUUCCGGAUUCGGAACAAGGUCUUUACCACACCUACUUGCAGCAUGUGCUCCGACUUCUCAAGAACUUGAUUUUAGAUCAAAUGAGCGAUAUCGGAGCCGUCAAUAUUAUUCUUCACAAUGCUGUCGGUGUGAACACAGAACCAACACGUUUGGAGAUCCGUCAAGUGGAUACCGGUCUUCGAAAGUUCAUGUUGGUCGAGGAACUCAUUCAGGGACAUAUGUUGUAUGUGCCGGUGAUGUUCAGUGUACCUGCACUACCUCAAGUGACCUUUGCUGCCGCUGCAUGUCACUGGAUGUUGGCGUCAAUUAUGCGCCAGAUCAAUCACGGAGCAAUGAUUGACACGGCUUCACUCAUUCGCCUUGCACAGCAGAAAGAGAUGAUUUUUGAUUGGAUCCAGCGACCUCUUGAAGACAGAUACAGGCCAUGCGCUAGCCUCAUUGGCUAUGUUCAGAUGAAACGUGUCCGCCAUCCCAUUAACUCAUGA